AUGGCGUUGUUUAGCCGCAAGCGUUAUAAGACCUAUUUAGAUCACUGUUCAGCGAGUUCUGUACCUAAGAGAACAGCAAACAGGUAUAAACAGUGUGAUGCGACUACAUCAGAUUUUAGUUUGGAUUCUCAAGAUGCAUCUUUUAGUUCUGAUCUAACAGAAAGUAUAAGAAAUAUUUUAAGAACAUCAGAUUUAUCUAAAGAAUCCAGUUUUCCUGAAGAAUAUGAGACGGAAUGUAAUAUGGACGAUGAUGAGAAUUUUCGUGAUGAUUCGGAUUUAUUCAGACAAAUUUUUUCUGGGUUAAAAAUUACUAGAUUUGAAGUUUUAUUAUUGCUUCUGCAUUUUUCAUUGCGUCAUGGAUUAAGCAGUGUAGCUAUUGUGGAUUUAAUUAAACUUAUCAACGUAAUUUUUGAAAAUGAUGUAAUACCUCCAAGUUUAUAUUUCUUUAAAAGAGUAUUUUCAUCAAAAAUUGUACCUGAAACCCACUAUUAUUGUGUCAACUGUAAAAGUUAUUUAGGAAAUGAGGAUAAAUGUAAAAAUUUAAGCACUUGUGUAUCUUGCAAUCAUUUAUUCAAUAAUAAUUAUUUCUUUAUAAACAUACAAAUGACUAGCCAGAUUAAGUGUGUACUGAAGAGCCAGGAAUUUUUGAAGCAAUAGAUAGACAUAAAAAAAAAUAUCCCUCUUGAUUCAGAACAAGAUGCUGAAAUUCUUUGUGAUUUAAGAAGUGGUGAAAGAUACAAGGAACUAACAAGAAAAGGUGUCUUAAGUGAUAGUGAUUUGACAAUCACAUUCAAUUGUGAUGGAUCACCAAUUUUUAAAUCUGUAAAGAAUUCUCUGUGGCCAAUCCACUUUAGAAUAAACGAAUUGCCAUUGAAAGAGCGUUUUCAGUCGUACCGCACCAUGGUUGCUGGAUUGUGGUUUGGUAAUCAAGAGCCAGUAAUGGCUACCUUUUUAACUCCUUUCAUUCUGGAAGCAAAUGAAUUGUAUGAGAAUGGAAUAAAUAUUAUCAAUGGUGAUAUUCAAGAAAAUAUCAAGGUUUUAUUAACAUCCUGUGUGGCAGAUAGUGUAGCGAAGGCUGCAAUACAAAAUGUAAAACAGUUUAAUGGUAGAUAUGGCUGUCCAUAUUGUUAUCAUCCUGGUUCUUUGAUAGGAAGCCAAAUAAAAUAUAAAGCUGAGAUGUUUAGUGAUAGGACAGAUGAAGAAAUGCGAAAAGAUAUGGAAACUGCUGAAGUUUCAGGAAAAGAAAAGAGAGGAGUGAAAGGCUUAAGCCCACUUUAUGUACAGCCAUAUUUUGAUAUAGUCAAUGGUUUUCAAAUUGAUUACAUGCAUUGUUGCCUAUUAGGAGUAACAAAACUUCUAGCAAACUUGUGGACAAGUUCUGCUAAUCACUUAUCAGAUUACUAUUUGAAUAAGAAAAAUGUUAAUCUAAUAAAUAUACUAUUACGAAACAUGAAGGUUCCACGAUCAGUAAGUAGACGCCCAAGACCAUUUUCUGAUAUGGUGCACUGGAAAGCUAAUGAAUGGAGGAACUGGUUAUUACAUUACAGUGCUCCAUGUUUAAAAUCUGCAUUACCAUUAAAAUACUUCAGACAUUAUAGUUAUCUUGUAUCUGCAAUAUAUAUUUUAUUACAAUCAUCUGUAUCAAAAUCUGAAAUUGAUGUUGCCAAUUGUUAUUUGACAAAUUUUGUUUUUGAAUUUGAAUCAUUGUAUGGUGAAGUAAAUAUGAAUUUCAAUGUGCAUUUACUUCUUCACCUCAGUAAAUGCGUAAGUAUUUGGGGACCUUUAUGGUUAUAUUCUGCAUUUCCCUUUGAAUCUGGGAAUGGACAUUUAAUUAAAUUAGUGAAUGGUACUAAAGGAAUUCUGAAACAGAUUGCUAAUAAAUAUUGCAUGUAUUUAAGUAUUCCUGCAAUUAUAAAUAAAUAUAAAAAUGUAAAUAUUGAAGUAUUACAAUUUUGUGAUGUAAUUAUGUCAUAUAAGCGUUUGCAAAAAUCAGAAGUUUGUGGAGGUAGGAAUACUUGGUAG